CAUGGACACCACAACACGACGCUACAGUAAAAGUUUUUCACACGCUACUCGCACUUUAUCAGGCCUAUAACAAUCAUUCGGUCAUCGAAGCAAUCUGAACUAGCCAACCCAGGUUUGGGAAAAGUGCAAACAUGUCUGAUGUAGAGGAAGACGCAGUUCGGUCAGAUGAGGAGGAUGGACUGACAAGGGAGAAGACUGGAGAAGUAAGCCAGGAACUGAUUCAGUGCUUAACCCAAGAGGACAUACAAGAAGGCCUUUCAUUACUUUGCAAAACUGGAAAUGGUUUAGCUCAUGCUUUUAUAAAACUGGACCUAAAGGAAAGGGGACUGAGUGACAUCUCUGCAAUCAGCAACUUUAUUCACAUUCGCUUCCUGGAUUUGUCAAACAACCGUCUCAGUGACCUAUCACCUUUAGCAUCACUGACACAGCUGCUUUGGCUUAAGGCAGACAAUAAUGAAAUACAGUCUUUCAGGAGACAGCCUUUUGCACAACUCAAAUUCCUUCAGUGGCUCAAUGUGGCUAUGAAUAUACUGACAGACAUGGAUGACCUUGUUGGGCCCUCUUCUUUAGAAACCCUCAAUCUCAUAGGUAACAGAAUUAAAAGGCUAUCAUGUCUUGAUGGUCGUUUUGCCAAUCUGACUACAUUAGAGCUGAGAGGAAACCAAAUGGAAACAACUGAAGGAAUUAAUUUGCCAAAUUUACGUCACCUGUACAUGGCCAAAAAUGUUAUUAAGCAUUUGGGAGGAAUGGAGAAGUUAGAGAGACUUCAAACUCUGCACUUAAGAGAUAACCAAAUAAAAACUUUGGAUGGCCUUAACUUUAACAUGACGUGUCUUCAGUACCUCAAUGUCAGAGGCAACAAGGUUGAAGAUGAGAAUGCCAUUCAGAGCCUGAGGCACAUCUCAAAAUCCCUGCAAAUAUUAGUGCUUUCAGAAAACCCUGUGGUGGAAUCUACAGAGUACCGUAUAAAUAUAGUGAUGCUUUUGCCAAAUUUGGAGAGGCUUGAUAAAGAUCUGGUUACAUCUGAUGAAAGGGUUGAGGCCAAGGAAAAAUUAAAGGAACUUUAUGAAGAGGAAACAGUUGAGCCAUAAGUGGUUGAGUAACCUGUGUGAAAUGAGGAAGUGUUUGAAAUAUUUUCCCUGAAAUUUAGAUUUUUGACAACAGGCUUACUUAAUAUUGCAACUGAAACGUCUAUCGCACAGGUGUGCAUGCGUUUUGUUUACAAUAAAAAAUAAUAAUAAUUAGAUGUAUUUAUUUACAGAGUGAAGAGUGGUUUGCAUCAUCAUUCCUUUCAACAUUAGACAAUUUAAAUGAACAAAACUAUUAGGCCUAUAAGCAUAUGGUGUUUUUUUUAAUUAAAAAUGUUCCUCUCCA